AUGACACACUUUACGAAUCGCCCCGGCAACAACGAGCACGUGCUUUGCCGUCAGAAGCUGGAGACACUUCCAGUUGAGAUAGUCAACCGCAUCCUCUGCUACCUCAUCCAUCCCCGUUGUCGCCUUCCAGGUCUUACCGAGGCUCAGAGUGGAUGGGAAGUCUCAGAGAAGCAGAAACGUAGCAUCAAGAACCAGGAGGAUCUCACCCAGUCGGCCGACACUCAUCGCUGGGCUGCCGAUAUAUUCUCCCUACGCUUAGUUUCGCACCCCUUCAAUGCUCUGGCCCUGACAUCCAGAACAUGUCACGCACUGGUCGAAGCCUACUGCGCCCAUCUGGUCCGUCGAUGCAAUCGCACCAUGUUCAACCUUCCUUUCGCCCAGCUCGACAUGUACGGGCCCAAUUGCGUCUAUCCUGAUCUGAGUAGUAUCGUGUACCGGCGACUAUGGCUACAGCAUGCCCCACGCAUGUGUGUGUACUGCCAUGCGACAUUGGAUUGCUAUCCCUUUUCACGAGUCAAUCGCCUGUUCACAGCCUGUGAAGGCUGCUUCUACCGUCAAGCCAUGACAAUCGAAGAAGUUCAAAGACAGUACCACCUCUCGCCUACUGCCAUCCAUACGUCGCAUCGAAUCAGAGGCAACCCCAACUCGCCAUGGAUCUUACGGGUCGAUGUGGAAGCACUGGCUCUGCAACUCUACCGCACUCGGCAGUUCCACGAUGCCCAUCCCGAGCAGUUUGGCAAGCCAUGUUCAAUGUGCGCCAUCACAAGAUUCACGCACCGGCAUGACGUCAAGAAGUCGCCACCUAGUCAAAAGUAUUUUAUGGCAGAGCAUUAA